AUGAUUUUGCUGGUAGGAUUGCUUAUCUACUUUUUUACCUCUGUACUAGCUGGUGGUUUUAUCCAGUCCACCUCCUUGUUAACUUGCAUGGAGAACUCUGGGUUGACAGCAUCUUAUUUCGAUGUUAAAUACAAUCGUGAUAGUGGUAUUGUGGAUUUUGAAAUUACUGCAAUUUCUACUAUAUCGGGAUACGUUGAGGCUGAAAUUGAGGUUAUAGUAUAUGGGAUAACCAUUGUCAAUGAGCAUCUGAGUAUUUGUGAUCUUAAUCUUCCUACCAUAUGCCCCCUUGCAGCUGGACAUAUAGAUGUGGAUUCAUCUUAUACACUCAGCACAUCCAUCACGUCGCAAGUGCCUGGAAUUGCAUAUACGAUUCCAGAUCUUGAUGCUCGUGUACGCGUUAUUGCUUAUUCGAACUCAACUGACACUCCGGUUGCUUGUGUUGAGGCUCUGCUGUCGAAUGGAAAAACUGUCCAAACCAAGUAUGCUGCCUGGCCUAUUGCCGCAAUUUCAGGCUUAGGUCUAAUUACAUCUGGUGUUAUUUCCAUUGUUGGGCAUUCCAAUACGGCAGCCCAUAUCGCUUCCAAUUCUUUGUCAUUAUUUAUCUACUUUCAAAGUAUUGCCAUCACGGCCAUGAUGGCAGUAAACCGCGUUCCACCAAUCGCAGCUUCUUGGGCUCAAAACUUUCAGUGGUCCAUGGGUAUUAUCUAUUCAAGAGUUGUUCAGAGUAUUUCCAAUUGGUACGUUCAGAGCACAGGCGGAGAGUCUACUGCAAUUAUCAAAAAUAAGCACGUUAUUUCUAUCAGCGUGCAAAAAAUGGUAAAGAGAUCCUUCGGUUAUUUAGCUGCUGCUAAUAAUAUCAUCAAAAGAAGUAAUUAUGAUAUGAUUCAAGACUCGUCUCUUUAUACCACUGAUGAAAGAUCUGGUGCGUUCAACUCGAAAAUUUUAGUUCUGCGGGGAAUUCAGCGUGUUGCCUACUUAGCCAAUAUUGAAAUUACCGACUUGUUUAUGACGGGAAUAAUAUUCCUUAUAUUCUUUGUGGUGAUACUUACUUUCCUUCUAUUCGUGUUCAAAGCGAUUGUUGAACUACUGAUUUAUUUUGGAGCAAUGCAUCAAGGCAAGUUUGGCGAAUAUCGUGCAAACUGGAGCACUAUUACUAAGGGUUCGUUGUAUCGUCUAGCUCUUCUCUCAUUCCCUCAAGUAUCACUGCUUUGUCUAUGGCAAUGGACAGUCACUGAUUCUGUGGGAACAGUUGUAGUUGCCGUUGUUUUAUUCCUCGGGUUGUUUGUACUCCUUCUGCAGAGCGCAGUUAAGGUUGUUUUGACAGGAAGAAGUUCAAUUCGAAACUAUAAGAAUCCAGCAUACCUUUUGUUCGGAGAUGCAAAAAUUCUCAAUAAAUUUGGGUUCCUCUAUGUGCAAUUCAGGGCGGACAAAUAUUAUUGGGUCCUUGUGCUGUUAGUAUACACAUUUUUGAGGUCGUUUUUUAUCGCCAUAUUACAGGCGCAUGGAAAAGUCCAGGCAGCACUUGUUUUUGCCCUAGAAACACUGUACUUUAUUGGCCUAUGCUGGUUAAGACCUUAUAUGGAUAAGAGAACCAACGCGCUGAACAUAUUCAUUUCCGUGGUAGGAGUUUUGAACUCAAUUUUCUUUUUGUUUUUUUCCAAAAUCUUCAACCAACCAGAUGUUGUGUCCUCCGUUGCAGCCAUAGUGUAUUUUGUUGUUAAUGCUGUAUGUGCUCUUAUUCUUCUGAUUAUGACCAUAGUGACGUGUGCAUUAGCUUUGGUCCGUAAGAAUCCAGACACUCGCUAUCAGCCAAUGAAAGACGACCGUGUUUCCUUUAUCCCAAGAACCACAGACGGUGGGCCCUCAGGUUUAAAUAACAACGAUACAGAAUUGCAAGCACUGGGUGUCGCUGCAAUGAGUGGUCAUAGGGACUCUGGUAUUUACAACCAGCUGAAUAUGGUGGAUGACGAAUCUAGUACAUCCGAAAAAUACCACAGACGUAACAAAAACGCAUCUUACGAUAACUUAGCUCAGAAUAGUAACCGGAACUCAUUCUCCAGCAAUACAGAACCUCAUCAAAUGACUAGUGCUAUGGAAGGUUCUAUGGGCAGUCUUACAAGACCAAAUAAUGUCUUUUACCAAGAUACUUCAUAUCAUGGCUACGAUUCUGAUCGAAAACAAGACGUUAGAUGGAACUAG